AUGUUUUGGAGAUUCGGUCUAAAUCACUCUGCCAUUGACGGACUUUUGGAUAAAGAAGAUCUAACUUUAGAAGAAUUAUUGGACGAGGAAGAUUUACUUCAAGAAUGCAAAGCACACAAUAAUAAUCUUCGAGAUCCAGUAAUUCUUUUCCAACUAUUAAAUUAUAUAAUUCGGGACGACUUGGACGAAAGACAAAAAUUCAAAUACCCAUUUGUUGCGUGUGAAGUUUUGUCAUGCGAAAUUUGGACAAUUUGUGAAGCGAUCAUUGAUAAUGGAGAUUUGCUUAAUUCAUUUUGGCAAGUUUUGGAUCGUGAACCUCCAUUAAAUCCACUACAAGCAAGUUAUUUUAUGAAAGUCAAUGUAGUGUUAUUGCAGAAAAAAAUGAGUGAGAAAAUGUUGAAUCAUAUGGAAACGUCAGCCAUUAUGGAUUUAUUACUCAAAUUAAUUAGCGUAGAAGAAUAUCCGGAAGGAGCUGGAAUUAUUGAUUGGUUGAAUUCUGAAGGUCUUGUUGAAGAAUUAAUAUCUCGAUUGAAUCCUUACCUUGAACCCGAUGCACAUUCAACUACAGCUCAGAUUAUUAGCGAUAUUAUCGCCAUCUCUCAAUCAAGUAGUCCGGAACAAGGUGGCGUUGGUCCUAAUGCUCUAAGCAGAGAACUUAUUAGUGAUUAUAAUGAGGAAGCAAUGCUUUCAUUAUCACCACAUCAACAUCAACAUCAAUAUCCAGCUGUUGAUUUGAGUGAUAUGUUAAAAGUUUUGGCCAAUCGUGUAGAUGAUUUUAAAGCAUUGCUCGAAAAUCCUAAGUCUGUGUCAGGUCAAAUUGACACAACUAUUGGAAAGAUGGUUCCACUUGGAUUUGAAAGAUUUAGAAUUUGUGAACUUUUUGCAGAAUUACUUCAUUGUUCCAAUAUGGAUGAUGAUUAUCAAGAUCAAGAUCAUGAAUUUUCUCAUAACAUUUCUCAUGAUAAGCAAACAAAUAUAUUAAAUAUAUUGGAUGAAAAUAAUCAAAACAUUCAAAAAUCUCAAAUUGAAGUGGAAAAUCAAGAUGAUAAUCAAAAUAAUGAUCAAAAUAAUGUUGAAAAUGUUGAUCAAAAUAGUGAUAAAAAUGGAGAUCAAAAUGGUGAUAAAAAUGUUGAUGAAAAUAAUAAUGAUGAAAAUAAUUAUCAAAAUAAUGUUGAAAAUGUUCAAAAGGUUGAAAACAAAAAAGAUACAAAUCAUACCGAUUCCUGUUCGGUCUCUUCGGUUUCAUCACCAAUGUCGAUGGAAAUUGUCGAAAAUAUAAAGACACCUCCAGGUUUAGAACACAUGGUCCAACAAUUAAAUAAAUCUAAUGGAUCAACAAAUUCUCAAUUACCAGUUGGUGAUAUAUUAAAGGCUAAAUUUAUUGAAUAUAAAAUAAUACCUACAUGCUUGUGGAAUAAUUUCUUGCAUACCGUUGUGUACGAUAUGAUCGUACAAAUAUUUAAUGGACGAAUGGAUAUUGGAUACAAUAAAUCUUUGGCAAUUUCAGUUUUUACUGAUGGUCAACUCACCAAGCGAAUUACUAAUGCACAAAGAUUAAAUGAUUAUGAAGUGCAACCAAAAGGUGUGAGACUUGGUUAUAUGGGUCAUUUAACAUUCAUUGCAGAAGAAGUCGUAAAAUUGCUUGAUCGUUAUGCAGUUGAAAUUGGUGAAAAAGCUGAGGAUUGGCAAGAAUAUGUAUCUAAAACUUUACGUGAAACAAGAGAUCGCGAUCGAGAACCAUUAGGUGGCCAACGUCCUACUAAUCUUGAUAGUAUGUCUCCUAGUCGUGAUGAAAGUGAAGAAGAGGAGGAAGAGGAUGACGCAAUUGAAGGAGUUACUGAUGGCGACAUGGCUAGUGACCAAUUCGACAGAGAUGCCGAUUUCGAAAUGCAUGGAGCGUUUAUGAAUCAAAAUAUGCUUGAGGGAGAUCCUUUCGAAAAUCGACGGUCCGCAGUUGAUAAUUUCGUGGAUAGUGAUGAUGAUGAUUCAUCAAGUCAAUGGACUUUACCAAAUCAUCAAAAUCAUCAAGAGCGUAAACAGUUACUUACUAUUGCUGAUUGGUCCGCAGAUUUCCAAUCAGGAUAUAAAAUUAAUCAAAAUUCAAAUAUAUCUGCAAAUGAUCAAUCAUCUUCUACUACACCUAAUAUUACUAUCUCUCAAUCUAUUCCAUCAAAAGAAACAAAUGUUCAACAAACCCGAACAUUUUCAAAAAGUAUUCAAGAUGAUACAGAAAAAGAUAAUGAUGUAAAGGAAUCCACAGAGAAAUCUUCAAUUCCAGUCAAUUCCCAUUUACAUGAAUCUUUGGACAACACAAAUUUAGUAGAUUUACAACAUACGAACUUUGAUACUUUUGAUAAAAUAGGUAUAAAUUUGGAUAAUAAUGAUAAUUUAAAUGAUGACCAAAAAGUGAGAGAUGAUAAUCAAUUAGAAAUUCAUCAAUGA